AUCCUCCUGAUCUGGGCGCCCGCGAUCUUUUACCGCGAGCGUGUGGCGUUCAACCUCGCGGGGGCAUCGUGCCAGUGGCCUGCGGUGGACGAAGGAAACGGAGCCCGGAGCAGUGAUCCUUCAGUCCACGUCGCCGUCGUCGCGGACCCGCAGCUCACCACGUAUCUCUCCUACCGCGAGCUUGGGCGGGGCAACCCGGGGCUCAUCGCGGUCGAGGGCAUCUCAGACGCGUACAUGUCCCGCGCGUUCCGCCGCGCGGUGCUCUCGAACGACCCGGAGCACGUGCUUUUCCUGGGAGAUCUGAUCGAUCAGGGCGAGUGGAUCGUGAACCCGGAGGAGUGGGACCAGGCCCGGGGACGGUUCGACCGCAUCUUCAGGUGGCCCAGGCGAGCGUGGAGUGGAGAUGUCCACGCGACCGGUCCGCUCGACGACGGCGACGACGGCGUGCCCCGGGACCGCGAACGGCCGGUGUCGUAUCGCACCGUGCACGGGAACCACGACGUCGGGUACUCGCGCCACGCGGUGCGGCUCCGGCAUCUACACGCGCGACACGAGGAGUACUUCGGGUCGACGAACUUUGUGCGGCGUUUGGGGGGAGUGGACCUGGUGGGGGUGGGCGCCAUGGCGCUCGACGGCGCGGAUGAUCCCGGGGCGAGGUCUGCGCAGACGAACGAGACGUGGGCGUUCGCGCGGCGAUGCGUCGGCGAGCCGGCUCGCCCGAGGGUGCUGGUGACGCACGUUCCUCUGUCCAAGCGGUCGUACGAGCCGGGGACGUGCGGGGACCAACGAACGUCGGAGGUGAUCCGCGAUAAGACGCACAUGAGCUCGACGGCGGGAGGACGCAGAAUUGAGAUUCCGAGGCACGACGGGCUCGGGUGUUACUAUCAGGAUUACCUUCGCCCGGCGACUUCCCGUCGGCUGCUCGACAAGGUCAGGCCGACGCUGGUGCUCUCCGGGCACGACCACGACCAGUGCGUGGGCACGCACGAGGUGUUCGCGUCGGAUGCCACGGGGCGCGCGUGCGCAACCUCCGGUCGGUCGGCGACAGAGCACACCGUCGGGUCCUUUUCGUUCCUGAUGGGCAACCCGAGGCCGAGUUUCGCGAUGAUGACGGUUCGAGGCGCGUGCGGGAUGGACGACGGCGCGUGCCCGGCGGAGCUAGGGACCGGCGGAGCUCGCGACGCCGUGAACGUGUCGCUGUGCUUCCUGCCCUCGCAGUGGAGCACGUUUAAGGUGUACGGCGCCCUCGGAGUCAUCACCGUCUUCGCC